AUGCCAUAUGUAUUUCUGGUCAAUACAGAAGCUUUUCAGAGUGAACAAAAACUGGAAGUGAAGGAGGAGCACUUGGAAAUGGAAGAUAAGAAAACCGUAAAUAUGACCUCAGCACGGUGGGUGAUUAAAAUCACUUACCUCCUGACGGCGAUGGAUCUGACCUGCAUGUUUAUGCAAUUUGGGAUUGUGCCAUAUCUGGCAACUAAGUUGGGUUUGGAUGCAAUUGGAUUUGGCUACUUGCAAACAUUCUUUGGUAUUCUUCAGCUUCUGGGUGGCUUCAUCUUUGGAAGGUUCGCUGACCGGUUUGGUACCAGAACUGCCUUGACUCUUUCAUAUUUGGCUGGAUCCCUGUGCUUCUUGCUUCUCUCUGUAUCCAUCAGUGUCCCCUUGCUCUUUCUUUCCAGAGUUCCAGGCAUCUUCAUUCAUGGAUUACCAGGUGCACAGAUGGUUAUAACAGAUUUGACAUCUCCUGCCAAACGUGCGGAUGCUUUAGGAAAGCUUGGGCUUUGUUUUGGAAUAGGAGUAAUUCUUGGAUCUUCCCUGGGCGGUAUCUUAACCACAAAGUUUGGGGUCGGUAUUUCUUGCUAUGUUGCAGCAGCUGGUUACCUUGCCUGUGCCUUGAUGGCCCUUCUUUGUAUUCCUUCCCAGACAAAGCCACAGUCCAAGGGAAAUGAAGCACAACAGGGAACAUCCCAGUCCAGUAGCGUUUUUAGCUUCCAAGAAAUUAUACGACUGUUGACACUUCCGGGAGUAAUGGAUGUUUUCUUAAUCAAAGUCCUUUCUGUAUUUCCUACAGGGGUGUUCCUAAUCAUGCUUUCCAUCAUAUCCAUCGACUUCUUUGGUCUGGAAGUUGCACAUGCUGGGUAUUUGAUGUCCUACAGUGGAAUACUUCAAAUGGUUGUCCAGGGCCUAAUAAUUGGAAGAUUAACCAGUCGGUAUACUGAGCGGUCCUUGCUUAUGCUGAGUGUUAUUGUUUUAUGUGGCGUUGGCAUUGCUAUGGUCCUGAUGACCAAUGUCUUUCAUUAUUGCGUCAUUGUGCCCCCCAUGGGUGUUUUCCUUCAGUGUUUCGGUGUCAUUGCCGAUAACAUCCUGACCAAGUCAGUCCCUGUUUCUGACACAGGUGCCAUGCUUGGAAUCAGUGCUUCAGUUACUCCACUGAUACGGACAUUUGGCCCAACAAUAGGAGGAUUUCUAUAUAGACAAUUUGGGGUUUCCUCCUUUGGCUAUUUACAGCUAAUGGUGAAUGUACUCUGUUUUUUCUAUCUCUUGAAGAAGAAGAUCCCUCAAAAAGAAGAGAAAACUCAGUGACUAAUUCCAUGUAUGUUGUUGGCAUAAAGAAGGCUCACGUGGAAAAGCUUAUUUUCAGUUAUUGGGGUUGUUAAUAUUAUAUUUUAAAAGGAAAUAAUUAUAUCAUCAUAAAGGAAUAUUUGCAUAAUUUAUUGGGUAGGAAUUUCCAAAGGUAAGAAAACUAGUGUUGGACCCAGCAAAGCCCACUGAGAUUUAACCCUUAAUUUGCUGUUGCCAGAGGUGCUUCCAAGCGCAGCUAAGAAACCAGCCAAAAGAACAGCAGUGUUUUUUCUAGACGUAUCUACAAUUUUUGGUGUUAAGAGCCAGAAGGAUCCCUUGUUCCAGGCAGCAGACAGGUAGGUUUUCACAUUGCAGCCCCUACAUGCAUUUGUCACAAGGUUAUAGCAUUUUUCUAGCUAAAAAUGGCUGUGGCUGCCAUUGUUCUCCUCUCCAAAAAUGGCUAUGACUACCAUUGUUUCCUUUCCUGGCAUUUUCAUUUACGUUUUCUUCUAUUAAUUUUGCCGCCACAGAAAAGCAGCUGUAGUCCCUGCAGAAUCCUGGUUCACCAUGACCUUUCUCAUGGUGAGGCAUUGCGGACAGGAUUGCCUUCAAAUACUGUAUUUUUAUUAUUUACAACUUAUAUAAUACCAGAAUCACACCUUAAAAUGCAAUAGUACUAAACCAUUGUUUAAAACGUUUGGGGAAAAUACUUUUUUAAAAAAAUAAUAACUUUAGAAUGCUGUACUUUGGAAUAUAGUAGACUACUAUUCCAAUGGUUAUUACAGAUUUUAGACAGUUGAAUUUUGGCUAGAAAAAGUACCAAGAAAAGGAAAUAUUUACUUGUGCACACAAUUGCACAUUCUCAUCAACAUAACAGAAUAGAUGUAACAUGUAGCAUGUGACUGGCUAUCUUAAUUACAAAAAACAGGAAAUCACAGCUACAUAGAGCUACAUAUAAAAUGCCUUUUAUUUCCUAUCUAGAAAAUAUUGCUGUAUUCUGCAGCAUAAUCCCCCCCUUUUUUACUCCUAGUGAUAGUUGAUGAGACAACUUAUAUUAUUACAUUGUAAUAGAAGCCCAAAUGGUAAUUUCUAUUGGAUAAUGCUAGAAUUAACAAUAUAAGACAAGCUUAAAGACAUAUUGAUUUCAGGAUUAAGUAUUUGCUCAUAAUUAUUAAGUAGAGACAUGUCUCACCCAAGUUACAAUUAAAAGUUCACUAGAGUGAGCAAUGAGUUUACCAUAAUUGUAAGCCAUGAUUUAAGAAAUCAUGAUGAAUAAGUCUAACUUAUGGCCUUAUGGGUUUACUUAUUACAUUAAGGCUUAGCAAGUUGUGUGAAUCUGCCUGUGUGUACACAUCUCCUGUUGUCUCUAUAAAUUCCCCUUUCCAUUCUAUACCAUCUGCAAUGCAGAGAUACUGGCCUACUUACAUGUUUGAAGGAAGGAUGUUUUAAAAAUGUUAUAAA